AUGUAAAUUUUAAAGAAGUUCACAAAUACUAAGUCAACCAAGAUAGGACUAAUUGUGGCUUUGGGUUUGAGUGGAAUUGCUUUGAGCUAUCAUUUUUAUGAUAAAAACAACCGAUGUUGCAGAUCUGCUAUCCAAACCCCAUCUCUUCCUUAAAAUCCAAUUGAAAAUUAAAAUGAGUUUGGAUAGAACAGAUUUUUAACAUAGGCAGGGGCCAUUCAAAGAUGGCGUCAAAUCAAGGAAGGAAGUAUUUCAUACAAAGUGGAUUUAUUAUUGAAAAGAGGUGAAUCAUAUAGUGGGUUGGUCGCUUUAGAUUUUGAAGUAAUUGAUAAUUCGAAAGAUUUGUAUGUCGAUUUCAAAGGAAGUAAAGUUGUUAGCUUGUAUGUUAAUGGAAAUAAGAUUAAUGAUUUGGAUUGGAAUGGAUUGUUUAUCAGAGUACCCAAAGAAUUCUUGAAUACAUCUCAAAAGAAUAGAGUGAACAUCUAAUUCGAUUAGAAUUAUGCUAAAGAUGGAUGUGGAUUACAUGGCUUUAUUGAUAAGGAUGGCAAACAAUACUUGUAUAGUUAAUGUGAGUCUUACUUCACAAAUAGAUUUUUCCCUUGUAUGGAUCAACCAGAUUUGAAGGCCAAAUUGAGAUUCACAGCAGUGUGUCCAAAGGAAUGGGUAGUAAUUUCAAAUGAAAAUGCUGACCAAAAGGAAUAGUUUAAUGUUGCUUAGGCAACCAAUACCAUUACUGCAUAUCAUCCAUAAGAAGUAGUGUAGAGUCAACUCCAAAAUUUCGAGAAUUCAGAUUCAUAUAAUUUUUGGGUGUUUGGUGAAACUAUGACAUUGCCAACCUAUUUGUUUGCAUUGGUGGCAGGGGAAUAUUGGUCUAUAAAAUUUUAAGGAGAGGAAGGUGAUACACCAUAAACUAUCUAUUGCAGAGAAAGCUUAAAAGAACACAUGAUGGGUUUAAAGGAUUUCAUUUUUGAAGUCACUAAGAAAAGUAUGAAAUUCUAUGAGAAUUUCUUUGGAGUCAAAUAUUAAUUCAAUAAAUACGAUUCAGUGUUUGUUAAUGAGUACAAUUGGGGAGCAAUGGAAAAUCCUGGAUGUGUGACCUUUAAUGAUGUUUAUGUUUUUAAAGAGAAGAAGCCAGCAACUAGUUAUACAUAAUUUGCAAAUACAAUUGCUCAUGAAAUGGCACACCAUUGGUUUGGAGACUUUGUAACAAUGAAGUGGUGGAAUGACUUGUGGUUAAAUGAAAGUUAUGCUGAUUUCAUUUCACACUUUUGUUUGCAAAACAUUCAAAUUGAAUCAAUCAAAUUAUCUAGUAUUCCUGUUAUGUUCAAUUAAAGAAAGGGAUGGGGAUACAGAGAAGAUUAAAUGCUUACCACACAUCCAAUUGCAGGUGAAGUUAUCAAUACUGAAGUAGCUGAAAAUAUUUUUGAUGGAAUUACAUAUUCCAAAGGAGCUUCAGUUAUGAAAUAAUUAUUGUGCAUUAUGGGAGCAGCUAAAUUCGGAGAGGCUUGUGGUAAUUAUUUUAGAAAAUUCGGAUGGAAGAAUGCUGUUUUAUAAGAUUUAAUUGAUCAUUUAUAAGAGAAAUUUGAUAAUCCAGAAUUUACCUUGUCCUAUUGGAAGUAACAAUGGAUUGAAACAGCUGGUAUGAAUGAAAUUGAACCAUAAUGGGAUUAAACAGAUAGAACUCAUCAAGCUAAAUUAACUAUAUUUUAAAGACCUGCUUUAAGUUAAUUCCCUGCAUUGAGAAUUCACAAAAUUAAAAUAGGAUUAUUCCAUGAUAAUGGCCUUGAUUCUAUUGAUGCAGUGCUCCAAGCAACAGAGGAGAACGUUAUUACUUAUGAUGGCAGUAAGGGAUAUAGAGCAGUAUUGUUGAAUUUUGAAGAUUAAUCUUUUGUGAAGGUCCUCCUUGAUCAAGAGUCCACAAAAUACUUCAGUUAAAAUUUACAUGCAGUCUAAGAUAUCCUAACAAGAACCUUGAUUUACAGAGCUCUUUUUGAUAGUGUGAGAGACGGUAAAAUAUGCUCAGAGGAGUAUGUUGAUUUCCUAUUGGCCUAAUUACCCAGAGAGACUUCAGAUGAAAUUUUGAAUACCCAAUUGAUGUUUUUAUAAGGUGCAAUCGGAUCUAUGACACCAAGAAAAUUCAAGAAGAUUCUUGGCAAGAGAGUCUUUUCAUUCCUUAUAGCUGAAUUAGUCAAAAUCAGUGGAGAUGCACAAUUAGAAAAUAGAUUGAUUUUAUUAAGAAACAAUUUAGUAGCAUUUGCAUAUGAUAACUCCUGUGUUGAUGAACUCGUAGAUUGGUUCUAAGGCUAAAAUAAUAAUCAAUUAUAAUAAAUUGAAUGCACAAAGGAUAAUAAGUGGGCAAUUGUUAAAUUAGUUUAUGGUUCUAAAAAAUAUGAUGAAUAACCUGAAUUGAGAGAAUAAUUACUACAAAAGAUGUUGGAACUUGAUAAUUCUGAUGCAGCUACCAGAGCCCAAUUGAAAUGCCAGGCUCUUAAGGCAAAUGAAUAAGAGAGAGCAGCCCUUUGGUAAAGGUUCGUUGAUCCAGAGAAUAAGGAAUCAGUGAAAUUGAUAGCAGAAUCAAUGGCUGGAUUCAAUAAUGAAAGACGUUAUCUUAGUUUGGAACCCUAUUAGGAAAAGUUCUUUGAAGUCAUCGUUCAAAUCUUCCAAACUAGAAGCAACGAUUUCAGUAAGACCUUCUUUGAUUACCUGUUCCCAAUCACUGAUGAUUUGGCCAGUCUUUGCAAUAAAAUAGAGAAGUUGAGAACUACUGUUCCUGAAAAUUUGAUCACCCUCAAAAUGCAAGUGGAUAAAUCACUUGAUUCAAUUAAGAGAUAAGUGAAAUAGUUUGAGUGUUUCUGUAACCAAGCCAAAUUAGCCACCCAAUAGGUCUUAGAAAAUGAUGUAUGA